GAGUUUGAUGAUGCAAAGGGAUAUGGUUAUAAAAUGACCAACCAAAUUAUGUAAUUAAUAAGUAUUGCUGUGAGGGAGAGUGGAAAAUGAAGAAUUUGUUGAAUAUCACAACCUUAGUUCUUUGUGUAUGUCUCAGUUUUGGUUGUACUGAUGGAGCUCAAAAAAGAAAGAGUGGAGAGGUUUCUUUCCACAUAAUUCAAGCCAGCUCUCUCUUUCCUUCAUCAUCAUCAUCAUGUGUUCUUUCUCCACGAGCAUCUAAUGCCAAGUCGUCGCUGCUCGUGGUGCACAGACACGGCCCAUGCUCGAGUCUAAGCAGUAAGAAAGCCAAGACAAGUCCCAACCAUGACGACGUCCUCAGGCUCGACCAGGCGCGCGUAAAAUCCAUCCACUCGAAGCUUUCAAAGAAGCUAACAGCCCAAUACAGAGUCAGUCAAAGCCGCCUGUCAACGGAUCUUGAGGCUAGAGACGGAAGCAUACUCGGUUCAGGAAACUACAUCGUUACGGUCGGAAUAGGGACGCCGAAACACAAUCUAUCUCUGGUCUUCGACACAGGCAGCGAUUUGACGUGGACUCAAUGCCAGCCAUGUGGUGGAAAUGGAACUUGCUAUCCACAAGAGGAGCCCAUCUUUAACUCUUCCUCGUCUUCUUCCUACUCAAACAUCCCGUGCUCAUCCCAGGUCUGCGAUUCCCUCACUUCCCAAGGUUACUAUAAAAACUGCUCGGCUUCCAGCUGCAUCUACGGUACCGUAUACGGCGAUAGCUCGUUCACCUCAGGAUUUUUCGCCAAGGAGAAAUUUACUUUAAACUCCGAUGUCUUCGACGGUCUUAACUUUGGCUGCGGCGAGAUCAACCAAGGACUUUUCUACGGUGCCGCAGGACUUCUCGGUCUUGGCCGGGGCACAUUCUCAUUCCCGUCGCAGACGGCCAUGAACUACAGUUGCAUAUUCUCUUACUGCCUCCCUUCUUCCUCAGACUACACUGGCCAUCUCACCUUCGGAUCCUCCGGUGGAUUAUCCAACUCCGUCAAGUACACUCCCAUCUCCAAAGUCAGAGACACCGCUUCCUUUUACGGCCUCGAUAUCGUAGGCAUCACCGUCGCCGGAAAGGAACUCGAGAUUCCUUUAACAGUGUUCUCUACUCCUGGUGCUAUAAUCGACUCAGGCACCGUGAUUACCCGCCUCCCUCCCAAGGCCUACGCGGCGCUACGAACCGCGUUUAAGGAAAAUAUGUCGAAUUAUACGUCUACGAUGGGACGUUCGAUACUCGACACGUGCUACGAUUUCACUGGCUUGGAGACUGUAGAGAUCCCUAAAGUCGCGUUCUCCUUCGAAGGCGGCACCGUCGUGAAAGUUGACUCGCAAGGGAUUUUGUACGCGUUUGACGUGUCGCAGGUUUGUUUGGCGUUUGCGGGGAAUGGCGACGAUGGUGACGUUGCUAUUUUCGGGAACGUUCAGCAAAAGACGCUACAGGUUGUUUAUGACGGUGCGGGGGGACGGGUCGGGUUUGCUCCGGAUGGUUGUAUGUAGUUUGAUGAGAAAAACAAAAUGAAAUUGGUUUGUUUGUCAGUAGCCGGAUCUCAUGUAACCUAGCGUCACCGUCUCCGGUUAACCCCCGGAAUUUGUAAUUGCUCCUGUCACUCCCCUUUUGGGGUUACUCAAAUAAAAUUUUCAAUUUACAAAAAA